AUGACAGACGAGAUUCGAAGAGUAUUAUGCAAGCACAACAAGGAUAAUCCAAGUCUCACUCAAAAGCAAUUGCAAGAAUGGGUUCAUAGUAACUAUGGUUUGCAGGUGAGUCAAGCGAAAAUAUCGAAUAUAGUUAAGCGGUCUUUAGAGUAUCUCUCACUUGCUCCCGAAAGAGGCGAUGUUAAGCGACACAAACCGGAAAAAUUUCCCGACCUAGAAAAAUCUCUCUAUGAAUGGAUUCUUCAAUAUCAAGAACAUGUGAAUAUGACAGGUGAACUAAUCAUCGAGAAGGUACAUGCUUAUGCACUACGGGUUGAAGAGGAAGCACAAGAUGCUAUGGCAAUGAAGGAAGGUAGACCACCAUGGACCCACCAAUUCGAGGGUUUACCGGUAGAGAUCGAUUCGGGUACAAAACCAUCAUUGGAGGAACCACCAAAGUUGGAGCUCAAGGACUUGCCUAGCCAUUUGAAGUAUGUAUUUCUAGGGGAUAAUGACACUUUACCGGUCAUUAUUGCCUCUAAUUUGGAAUUGGCACAAGAGCAAGCGUUGAUGGAGGUGUUAAAAGCGAACAAGGGUGCUAUUGGAUGGACGAUUGCCGACCUCAAAGGAAUUAGUCCAUCCAUUGUCAUGCAUAAAAUUAUCACAACCGAAGAUGCCAAACCGACACGAGAAGCUCAAAGGCGGUUGAACCCGAACCUAAGGGAGGUAGUUAAAAAGGAGGUAAUUAAAUGGUUGGAUGCGGGAAUCAUCUAUCCGAUUUCGGAUAGCGCUUGGGUGAGUCCCACCCAAGUUGUGCCUAAGAAGGCCGGCAUUCAAGUAGUCAAGGAUGAAAGUGGUGAACAAAUUGCCACCCGACCGGUUACCGGGUGGCGGGUGUGUAUUGACUACCGAAAAUUGAAUGCCGCCACUUCUAAGGACCAUUUCCCGCUACCUUUCAUUGACCAAAUUAUUGAAAAAUUGUCGGGUCAAAAAUAUUAUUGCUUCUUAGAUGGGUAUUCGGGUUAUAAUCAAAUUGCCAUACACCCGGAUGACCAACACAAGACCACCUUCACAUGUCCAUAUGGCACCUUUGCGUUUAGGCGAAUGCCAUUUGGCUUGUGUAAUGCUCCGGCAACGUUCCAACGAUGUAUGAUGAGUAUUUUCUCGGACAUGGUUGGAGAGUCGCUCGAAGUAUUUAUGGAUGAUUUCUCCAUUUUUGGCACUACUUUUGAUGCUUGUCUCAACGAAUUGCAAAAGGUUUUGAAAAGGUGCGUGGAUAAGGCAAAGAUACGGGUAAUAUCAUCUUUGCCACCUCCUAAAAAUGUUAAGGGUGUAAGGUCAUUCUUGGGACACGCGGGUUUUUAUCGACGCUUCAUUAAGGGUUUUAGUGUCAUCACCAAACCCUUAUGCAAUUUGUUAUUAAAAGAUGUUCCGUUUGAUUUUACUAACGAGUGUAUGCAAGCUUUCACUGUUUUGAAGGAACACUUGGUAAAGGCGCCUAUCUUGCAACCACCUGAUUGGUCAAAGCCGUUCGAGAUAAUGUGUGAUGCAAGCGAUACCACUAUUGGUGCAGUUUUGGGUCAACGGGUUGACAAGAAACCGGUGGUUAUUUACUAUGCAAGCAAAACUUUAUCCGAAGCGCAACUUAACUACACCACAACCGAGAAGGAAUUACUAGCGGUGGUGUAUGCUUUGGAUAAGUUUCGCUCGUAUAUUUGGGGCAGUAAGGUAGUGGUUUAUUCGGAUCAUAGUGCAGUUCGGUAUUUGAUGGAGAAAAAGGAUGCGAAGCCGCGAUUGAUUCGAUGGGUCUUAUUAUUACAAGAGUUUGAUCUAGAGAUCCGAGAUAAGAAGGGAAGCGAGAAUGUAGUAGCGGAUCAUUUGUCUCGGAUUCCGGUAGAAGGGACCGAUGAUGUGAGUGAAAUCAAUGAAAGUUUCCCCGAUGAGCAACUCUUAGCCGUUUCCACUUUCGUUGCACCGUGGUACGCUCAUUACGUCAACUAUUUAGCCACGGGUGCCAUUCCAACUCAUUGGACCAAAAAGCAUCGUCAACAAUUUAUGGUUCAAGUGAGGCAAUACAUUUGGGAUGAGCCGGAUCUCUUCAAGAUCGGACCGGAUCAAGUUAUACGGAGGUGUGUGCCCGAGACGGAAUUCGCCCGGAAUUGUGUAAAUUGCCAAAAGAUGGGUAGCAUAUCGAAGAGGGAUGAGAUGCCACUACAACCAAUCUUGGUUGUAGAGAUAUUUGAUGUAUGGGGAAUAGAUUUUAUGGGUCCGUUUCCGAAUUCGAAUGGCUUUCUUUAUAUUCUUGUGGCUGUGGAUUAUGUCUCGAAGUGGAUUGAGGCUAUUGCAACACGGACAAAUGACCAUUCGGUUGUUUGUAAAUUUGUUCAAUCCAACAUCUUCUCUCGCUUUGGAAUCCCGCGGGUUAUUAUCAGUGAUGGUGGUUCACAUUUCAAGAACUUCAAUUUCGGAAAAUUAUUGAAGAGGUAUAGCGUGAACCACCGAGUCGCCACACCUUACCAUCCGCAAACGAGUGGACAAGUCGAAGUGUCCAACCGUCAAAUCAAGGAGAUUCUCAUGAAGACGGUAAGAACGGAUAGAAAGGAUUGGUCGAGCAAGUUGGAUGAUGCAUUGUGGGCGUACCGUACGGCCUACAAGACUCCGAUUGGCACAACACCUUACCGGAUGGUGUAUGGUAAGGGUUGUCACUUGCCGAUGGAGUUGGCGCAUCGGGCGCAUUGGGCGAUCAAGACAGUCAACGCGGAUUACGAUGAGGCGGGUAAGUUGAGGAAGUUGCAAUUGAGCGAGAUAGAAGAGAUUCGAGAUGAGGCGUACGAAUGUGCAUCGGCUUACAAGGAUAAGCUAAAGAAAGUACAUGAUGCGAAAUUGCGCAAGAAAACGUUCGAAGUGGGGCAGAAAGUUUGGUUGUACAACUCCCGAUUGAAGAUGUUCGCGGGCAAGCUUAAAAGCAAAUGGAUGGGUCCGUAUGUUAUUCGAAGAGUUGGGCGAUUUGGUGAUGUGGACAUCCAAGAUGAGCAAACGUUGAAACAACAAACGGUAAUGGCUAAGACAAAGGAACAAGCGGGAUCAAGUUCAUCAUCAUCAAAAGGCAAGGGCAAACAAAAGGAGCAACCACCAAGAAAGAGGCAAUAUAUGUGUAGGGUUAGUGAAAGCGAAAGUGAAGGCGAAGAAGAGAUGGCGUUAGACCCGAGUGAAAAGCCGGUAUGGAACUCGGGGUCUUUGGAUGAUCAACCCGAGAUUUGGCAGCCAACACUUUACAAUGAUUGCAUGAACAAGUUGAAAAACAAGGCAGCCGCGUUUAUUUGUGAGAAAGAAGUUGAUGAGCCCCAAUUUGGCCAGUUCGGGGUGUUUGCGAAGUUUCGCGCUUUAGGUUGGGAAGGGGCGCUUAAAUGCUUCGACAAAGACAAGAGUAAUCUGUUCAUGAUGGAGAUACAAGAGUGGAUGGCAACGCUAAAAUGUCACAAUUUCAACAAGCCAUCACAAAUGAAGUUGAUCGGGAUGGUACAUGGGGUACCGGUGGAGAUGUCGUAUGAUACACUGAAGAAGCUUGGAAAGUAUGACAGUCUUCCAUCUAGGGAAUACAUGGUGCCCACACUUGAUGACUUAUUGCUCAAACCGGAAAAGCAUGUUAGGUGGAACGACAUGUUGGCAGCAUUGUUUUUUCCUGGUAGAUACAGUGGUAUUCUAUACCGGAAGAACUUGAAGAUUGAAGCUAAACUGCUGCAUACAAUCUGCCUUCUCAAUGUCAUUCCAAGAAGGGGAGACAAAGAACAGGUGAGGUACCCAGAGAUACCCGUUCUUUAUUCGUUGAUGCAUGGGUCCCCACGCUUCCCGAUACGCUACCUUAUCAUGCACCACUUAUGGAUAUGCCGGAACAAAUAUGGAAGAGAUAUCGUCCCGUAUUGCCGCAUAAUUACGGGUUUGAUGAAACAACAGAAAGCACUAACAUCCGAAGACCGAGGUUUGACAAAAAGGCAAGAGCCGUUUACAUUGGAUAGGUUGGGGAAUGUUUGGACGUAUACUCAGUCGGAACGUUAUCAUAAGCUGAAAUCUGAAGGUCAAAGGUGGAGGGCAUUAAAGUUGAAUGCAAGAGAGUUGUUACCGGGAGAGCCGGAUGAGCCGGAGAGUGAUGUAGAAAUGGUUCCGAGCGGGGACGAGGAUUAUGCGGACGAGCCGCAUGGUGGUGCAAAUGUUGGUCUAGGGGGUUUUGGUGGAGGUCACGGUGGUAUGUUCUACGACUAUGCGCAACAACCUUAUGAGCCGGGGUGGGCUUAUAGUGGUUCAAUGCAAGAGGUGAUUGAAAGUCAACGUCUGCCGGCAUCUAUUUUUGAUACAUGGUCGGGGCCGGAGAGGACGUUGUAUGAUCAAAACAUGAGGAAUAGUGCAAGCAUAGAGCGGUCGUUAAAACAUAGCUUCGAUCGCAAUGAGUCAUGGAACCGUACCCACGCAUACUCUCGAGAGGUGGAUACUAAUAAUAGAUAUCAUGAUGAUCAAAUGAGGCGGAUGCAUGCGGAUUGUUUAGGAGCUAAAAGAUGGAGUAAACGCAGCUUUGGAGGUGUUGGUGAAGAACGGGUCGAGCGUGGGACACGAGACACAACAAAGAAGUCAAGGAAGCUCACCACCGUAAAUUACGGUCCUACCGUAAUUUACGGUGGACCUGGAGUUUCUAUAUUCCAUCUUCACGGAUUCAAGGAAUCAAGUGUGGGGAUGUUUGGCAACAUCCCCGAUGAGAUCUCAAAUAAUCUAUGA